GAUUCCAAAGCGCAGUGCACGGUUUUCACGUUGUCAACUCCCAAUGCUGACGAAGCAGCUAACCAUAAACAAGGGUUUCACUUUUUACUGCUUCUGCUGCUGCUGUGCUUUCUUCUCCGCACACAUUGUUUCAGUGAUCGAAUGAAUGAAUAAAUUUUUAGUCUCCCACAACGAAAUUGGGGCAUUAUUAUUCGUCAACAACAAUUUUCCUCCAUCGGCGAGCUCCGGAAAAGCUGUGAAUCGAGGGUUUUUGGUUUCGUUUAGGGGAAAACGGAGGCGCUUUGCAGAUAAAUUGAUGGUAAGCAUGUUGAUACCUAAGGAGCCGGAACAAGUAAUUAAGCAGAGAGAUGGAUCCGUGCUGGGAAAGAAGACUAUUCUCAAGAGCGACCAUUUUCCAGGUUGCCACAACAAGCGCUUGCUUCCUCAUAUUGACGGCGCCCCCAAUUAUCGCAAGGCGAGCUCGUUGCCUGUUCAUGGGGUAGCGAUUCCAACUAUUGAUGGCAUCCGAAAUGUUCUCACGCAUAUCAGGGCUCACAUGAAUGGAGAGCAGAUUCGUGUGCUCUGGAUUAGUCUUCGCGAGGAACCGGUGAUAUACAUUAACAGUCGGCCUUUUGUUCUACGUGAUGUUGAGCAGCCCUUUUCGAAUCUUGAAUAUACGGGCAUUAACAGGGUCAGGGUAGAGCAAAUGGAAGAUCGAUUGAAAGAAGAUAUCCUCGCAGAAGCUGCUAGGUAUGGAAAUAAAAUCCUUGUAACUGAUGAACUACCAGAUGGGCAGAUGGUGGAUCAAUGGGAGCCAGUUUCACAUGACUCUGUUAAAACACCUUUAGAGGUGUACGAGGAAUUGACAAAUCAGUUCCUUGUUGAUUAUGAACGUGUUCCUAUAACUGAUGAAAAGUCUCCUAAAGAACAGGAUUUUGAUAUUCUGGUCCAAAAGAUUUCUCAAGCGAAUGUAAGGACAGAGAUUGUAUUUAACUGCCAAAUGGGGCGUGGACGUACAACCACAGGGAUGGUUAUUGCGACACUGAUUUAUUUUAACCGCAUUGGAGCUUCAGGCAUUCCUAGAACCAAUUCUAUGGGAAGAGUUUCUGAUUUAAGUGCUAGCAUUUCAACGGAGUUACCAAAGUUAGAGGAAUCUAUCCGCAGAGGAGAAUAUGCUGUCAUUAGGAGUCUCAUUCGAGUUCUGGAGGGUGGUGUUGAAGGCAAGAGGCAGGUUGAUAAAGUCAUCGAUAAAUGUGCAUCUAUGCAGAAUCUACGUGAAGCUAUUUCUAGUUAUCGAAGUAGUAUUCUGUGUCAAGCUGAUGAAAUGAAGAAGGAAGCAUCUCUUUCCUUUUUUGUAGAGUACCUGGAAAGAUAUUAUUUUCUUAUCUGCUUUGCUGUAUAUCUUCAUACAGAAAGAGACGCUCUCUAUCCUAUAUCUCCUGCUCAAUGCAGUUUCACAGAGUGGAUGAGAGCUAGACCAGAGCUUUAUAGUAUAUUGCGCAGAUUGCUUAGGAGAGAUCCAAUGGGGGCUCUAGGUUUUACCAAUUUGAAACCACCUGUACCGACAAAUGCUGAAUCUGUUGAUGGCCGCCCAUUAGAGAUGAGCCAAGUUGCUGCCUUAAGGAAUGGAGAGGUCCUUGGAAGUCAAACAGUUCUCAAAAGUGACCAUUGUCCUGGUUGUCAACAUCCUUGUUUACCGGAAAGACUGGAGGGUGCUCCCAAUUUUAGAGAAAUUCCAGGGUUUCCAGUUUAUGGUGUUGCUAAUCCAACUGUCGAUGGAAUCAAAUCAGUCAUUCAAAGGAUUGGUAGCUCAAGAGGUGGCUGUCCAGUACUGUGGCACAAUAUGAGAGAAGAACCUGUUGUUUACAUUAAAGGAAGACCAUUUGUACUUCGGGAAGUUGAAAGACCGUACAAAAAUAUGCUCGAGUAUUCGGGAAUUGACUGUGAAAGAGUUGAAAGAAUGGAAGCUAGGCUGAAGGAUGAUAUUUUGCGUGAAGCUGAGCGUUAUCAGGGUGCCAUAAUGGUCAUUCAUGAAACUGAUGAUGGAAAAAUAUCAGAUGCUUGGGAACACGUGGACACAAAUGCUGUUCAGACCCCAAGGGAGGUAUUUAGCUGCUUUGAAGCUGAUGGUUUUCCCAUCAAAUAUGCACGUGUUCCAAUAACAGAUGGAAAAGCUCCUAAAGGUUCUGACUUUGACACUUUGGCCAUGAAUGUUGUGUCUGCCUCCAAAGACACAGCUUUUGUUUUUAACUGCCAGAUGGGGAUUGGACGGACAACAACUGGUACUGUUAUUGCUUGUCUUUUGAAGCUCCGGAUAGACUAUGGAAGGCCAGUCAGAGUGUUAGUUGAUGACCCAUCACAGAAAGAGCUUAGUAGCCGCAGAGAUGAUGAGAGUGAAGAAUGUAUAACAUCAUCAUUAUCUUCUUCCGAAGGAGUUAGGCCUGGGGAAGACUCUUGUCAUUCAUUUGGGAUUAAUGACAUCCUAUUGUUGUGGAAGAUUACAAGAUUAUUUGAUAAUGGGGUGGAAUGCCGAGGCGCUUUAGAUGCUAUAAUAGAUAGGUGUUCAGCACUUCAGAAUAUUCGCCAAGCUGUCUUGCAGUAUAGGCAGCUGUUUAAUCAACAGCAUAUGGAGCCUCGAGAAAGACGAGUAGCAUUAAACCGUGGUGCUGAAUAUUUGGAACGAUAUUUCCGCCUAAUUGCUUUUGCAGCAUAUCUAGGAAGCGAAGCAUUUGAUGGUUUUUGUGGACAAGGAGAGUCAAGAAUGACUUUUAAAAACUGGUUACAUCAGAGACCAGAGGUUCAAGCCAUGAAAUGGUCCAUCAGAUUAAGACCUGGACGAUUCUUUACUAUCCCUGAGGAAUUGAGAGCUCCAUAUGAUUCUCAACAUGGAGAUGCUGUGAUGGAGGCAAUUGUCAAGGAUCGUAAUGGCUCAGUUUUGGGGAAGGGCUGUAUUCUUAAGAUGUAUUUCUUUCCCGGUCAAAGGACUUCUAGCCACAUACAAAUCCAUGGUGCACCAAAUGUAUACAAGGUGGAUGGAUAUCCUGUGUUUAGCAUGGCAACCCCAACAAUUGCUGGUGCAGAAGAGAUGUUAGCAUAUUUAGGCACCAAGCCCAUAGCAGAAGGAAGUUCUCAAAAAGUAGUUUUAACAGAUUUACGGGAAGAGGCUGUUGUUUACAUCAACAACACACCUUUUGUCCUUAGGGAACUCAAUAAGCCUGUUGAUACACUCAAGCACAUAGGAAUCACUGGCCAAGUGGUGGAACAGAUGGAGGCACGUUUGAAGGAAGAUAUAAUUUCUGAGAUAAAAAAAUCUGGUGGUAGGAUGCUUUUACAUCGCGAAGAGUAUGAUCCUGCAUCAAAACAGGCCAGUGUUAUAGGAUACUGGGAGAAUAUUUUUGUAGAUGAUGUUAAGACUCCAGCAGAAGUAUAUGAUGCUCUAAAGCAUGAAGGGCAUAACAUGGCUUACCGGAGGAUCCCAUUAACUAGAGAAAGAGAAGCUCUACCUUCAGAUGUUGAUUCCAUCCAGUAUCGAAAGGAUGACUCUGCAGGGUCUUAUCUUUUCAUAUCACAUACAGGAUUUGGAGGGGUUGCGUAUGCAAUGGCUAUCAUUUGUAUGAGGCUUGAAGCAGAGGCAGCACUAAAAUCACAUGUCUCACGAUCUGUCGGAAUUUCAAGCUCAACUAAUUCAGUUAAACAACAAUUUAAUUCUGAUGAUGAAGCAAGAAAACUGGGUGAUUACAGAGACAUUUUAAGCUUGAUAAGAGUCCUUGUCCAUGGUCCUGAGAGCAAAGCAGAUGUGGACUCAGUUAUAGAUAGGUGCGCCGGUGCUGGACACUUGAGAGAUGAUAUUCUAUACUACAGCAAGGAACUUGAAAGGCUUUCAAAUGAUAGUGAUGAACAUCGGGCAUACCUUGUUGAUAUGGGUAUUAAAGCUCUGAGGCGAUACUUCUUCCUGAUCGCGUUUAGAUCCUAUCUGUACAGCACAUCAGCCAGUGAGACGAAAUUCACAACUUGGAUGGAUGCGAGGCCUGAACUGGGCCAUCUUUGUAAUAAUCUUAGAAUUGAUAAGUGAUUAUAGUGUAGAAAUUAUGUAUAGAGUAAACGCUGCUUGUCUUUAAUAUACUUAUCAUAUAAUGAGAAGUUGAGAAAUUCACCUCAUAAAUGUUUGUUUGAACUUUAAACGCUACUACAAUGAUUCUAUUAUUACCAAGAUUGUGGCCUCAGGUCUGUCCGAGCUAGGCAAAACAUUCAUUGGAAAAGUAAAUAUUGUGACUCAAAGUAAGUUUAAGUAUUGGGGCUACUACCUUGUUAGUGUUUUCA